AUGCUGUCAAACUACCUCGGCCACUCUCUUGUUGCAGUUUUCCUGGUUCGGGUCGCCGACGCCAGUUUCUUCCAGGACCAAAAUUCCAAAUUCCCCGACAGUACGGUUGGGAGAACACCAGCCCUCGGCUGGAAUAGCUGGAAUACAUUCAAAUGCGCUGGGGCCACUGCUACAAACGCUCUUGCUGUGGCCGACGGAUUUGUAGAACUGGGCCUCAAGGACGUCGGAUAUACCUACGUGAACAUCGAUGACUGCUGGUCGGCCAAGAGUCGUACAGCUGGCCAGCUCGUCCCUGACCCUGACAAGUGGCCCAACGGUAUCAAGGCAGUUGUCGAUAAGAUUCACGAGAAGGGCUUGAAGUUUGGGCUGUACGGUGACUCGGGUACUAAAACCUGUGCAGGAUACCCUGGCUCUAAGGGGUUCGAAUUUGAAGACGCUCAGACUCUGGCAAGCUGGGGCGUAGAUUAUUGGAAAUACGACAACUGUUACACCCCUUGCACUUCUUCGCAGGCUUCCUGCGGGGGGGGACGACCGAUUGGUAACUCAAGAGAAUGGUACGAGCCGAUGCGAAAUGCGUUCCUCAAUAUCUCACGUCCUAUCUUAUUUUCCGUUUGCCAGUGGGGACGCGACAAUGUCUGGACGUGGGGUGCGAACUACGGCAAUUCGUGGAGAAUGUCUAGCGACAUCAGUCCUACCUGGGAUUCAGUCGCCAAAAUUGCCCGUAUGGCCGGGAGCAUCUCCCAGUAUGCAGGUCCCGGAGGAUUCAAUGAUCUUGACAUGUUGGAAAUCGGCAAUGGCGAACUUACCGUCGCCGAACAGCGGGCUCACUUCGGCAUCUGGGCCAUUGCCAAGUCACCCCUUAUCCUCGGCUGCGACCUUUCUAAAAUUUCUCCAAAAUCCUUGGCUAUCAUCAAGAACAAGGGUAUCAUUUCCAUCAACCAAGACCCGCUCGGCAAAGCUGCCGGGUACUUUAUUCCCACCGGAAAGAGGCCUCCUCGGUCGGGUGAACUGUACCCAUAUUGGUCUGGUCUUCUCAGUGACGGUGUCGUCAUCGGUCUUGUGGCAGCUAAUGGCGCCGAGACUUUGUCCGUUAAUUUUACAGACGUCCCGGGUCUUGGGGCAGGGGCCUAUGACUGGAUUGAGUAUUACAGUGGAAAGACUGGCACGAGCACUAGCGUGUCAUUCAGCUUAGACAGCCAUGAUAUGGCCGUUGUUAAAGUCAACACCGCUAGGGUUAUAACGGACCAGACAUGCCAACACAAUAAUGAUGCUGGUAGGUGGAAAAGUGAACUAAAACCCAGUGACCGACUUAGAGAGCUCUGCUCUAGCGGCGGCGGUUGCUAUCGAGCCGAAAAAGGCUACAUGUGUGUUACUGGUGACCUUAAUCAGUGCGACCGCGCCGUUAAUUCCGCCAGGGAGUGGGAGAGCCAGCACGGAGAUUGGUGGCUUUGGUCUAUAGUUAGUUGUGGUGGUCUUAGAGUUACCAUCACGGAAUAA